UAUGUGGACAGCAUGGAGUUUCCGGACCACAGCAGACAUUUGCUCCAGUGUCUGAGGGAGCAGAGGCAGCAGGGCUUCCUGUGCGACUCCACGGUGCGCGUGGGGGAGGUGCAGUUCCGGGCACACCGGGCCGUCCUGGCGUCCUGCAGCAUGUACUUCCACCUGUUCUACAAGGACCGGGCGGCGGACGCGCGCGAGGUGGUGCAGCUCAACAGCGACAUCGUGACGCCGCCCGCCUUCGCCCUGCUGCUGGAGUUCAUGUACGAGGGCCGGCUGCAGGUGCGCGCCCUGCCCGUGGAGGACGUGCUGGCGGCCGCCAGCUUCCUGCACAUGUACGACAUCGUCAAGGUGUGCAAGAAGCGCCUGCAGCGCGAGGCGGGGGUGAAGCGCGAGCCGCUGGACGACUCCGCGCCCGGCAGCCCGUCGGAGGGCAGCGCCGGGCACCCGGUCGCCGGGGAACUGCUGCCGAGCGACGAGGACGAGGACGAGGACGGCCGGCGGGGGGAGUCGCCGCUGGGGAACGGGGCGGGGCCGGGGUGGGAGGGGGCGGGGCUGGGGGCGGGGAUCAAGGCGGAGAUUGGCAGGAGCCCCUGCAGCUCGGCGUCCGGGUCGGUCUCGCGGAGGAGGAGGGCGUCGGCCGACUGCGUCCUGGACCUGUCCGUCAAGUCCGGGGCGGUGGGCGGGGCCGGGGAGGCCACGUACCUGUGCGGGGGCGGGGGCGGGGCCAGCCUGGCGCAGGUGAAGGUGGAGAGAGACACGGGGUCGGACGACGAGGGGAUCGGGGGGCAGAACCACGGCCACCUGGGCCUGGACCUGGAGAAGGCCAGCGAGGACGAGGACAUGCUGAGCCCGGAGAGUGACCGCGCCCCGGCCGACACGCCCGCCCUGGAGUCCGCCCUGCUGCCCUACGUCUCCACCAUGCUCUCCGGCGCCCCCCAGGGGCAGGUCUUCAUGUGCCCCCUCUGCAGCAAGGUGUUCCCCAGCCCGCACGUGCUGCAGAUCCACCUCAGCUCGCACUUCCGCGAGCAGGAGGGCGUGCGCCCCAAGCCGCCCAGCGACGUCAACGUGCCCACCUGCUCCAUCUGCGGCAAGACCUUCUCCUGCAUGUACACGCUGAAGCGCCACGAGAGGACUCACUCCGGCGAGAAGCCCUACACCUGCACCACCUGCGGGAAGAGCUUCCAGUACUCACACAACCUGAGCCGCCACGCCGUGGUGCACACGCGCGAGAAGCCGCACGCCUGCAAGUGGUGCGAGCGCCGCUUCACGCAGUCCGGCGACCUCUACCGACACAUCCGCAAGUUCCACUGCGAGCUGGUCAACUCGCUGUCCGUGUCCGUCAAGAGCGAGGCCGCCCUGGGCCUGCCCGCCGUCAGGGACUGGGCCCUGGAGGACUCCCAGGACCUGUGGAAAUGAGGAACAAACACUCGGAAAUACUCGCGUGAAGAACGCGUAAAUAUACACGUGAAUAUACGUGUGAAGAACACGUAAAUAUACGCGUAAAUAAGAACACAGACUCUUAAGUU